AUGUCUUCCUUAAUUAGGGCAAAGAAGGAGAACCCGUCGGAACCACCGUCUCUGAUUACACUUCCAGAAGACGUCAUCUUUGACAUCAUAGCACGUGUAUCAAGAUGCGACUAUGCUACACUCUCCGUUGUUUCUAAGCACUUCCGGUCACUUGUUACCUCGCCUGAGCUAUACCCUAGACGAUCCUUGUUGGGCUGUAAUGAACAAUGUCUCUAUGCUGUUCUCUAUAACAAAAAAACUCAUGAUGACCGUUUGUAUAUGCUCCGCCGGAAAACCAAUGGAAACCAUUGCUUGGUUCUUAUCCCUUCGCUUCCCGCUAUGCCUAGCAAUGGAAAGUAUGUCGCGGUGGGCUCCAAGAUAUAUGUGUUUGGUAAGAUUUAUGAGCAUUACAAUAUAAAUAUGACCUUGAGUGCCGUAAGCAUCGAUUGUAAAACUCACAUGGUGCAACCCCUCCCGAGCAUGCCUAUACACUUGAUUGCUAGAGCCGCUGUCUUCAUGGAUGGGAAGAUAUAUGUAACCGGAUAUCGCGAUAAUAACUCCAAGAAGGUUAUGAUGGUAGUGUUCAAUACAGAAACACAAACGUGGGAGAAAGAGAAUAUAAAGCUAGGCAUGAAUCUAGGUAACACGUGGCCUAGUUAUGCGGUGGCAAUGGGUGAUCAAAUGUACGUGACAGAUUGUCAAAACACCUUUGUUUACGAGCCAAAGGAAAGUAUAUGGGAUGACGACGAUAUGCUGAAUCUUGUCAAGUGGAAGGAUGCGUGUGUAGUCGAUGACGUAUUGUACUAUCACGAUUACGUUGAGAAUAAGUUUAGAAUGUAUGAUCCAGUGGAGAGGUGUUGGGGAGUGGUGAAUGGUUUGGAAGAAUUGUUGGCUAAGACGAGAUUGUCAAGGUGGGCAGAGACCGUGAGUGACGGUGUGAAACUGGCUUUGUUUUUUGGUAGAGUAAAAUCAUGUUUAUACGGGAAGGGAAUAACUGAUCAGAUUUGGUGUGCGGAGAUUUUGGUGGAAAGAGAUCAAGAAGGGGAGGUUUGGGGUAAAGUUGAGUGGUGUGAUCAGUUUAUGAUUCCUGGGAAGUUCUACUUAACAAAAUUUCUAGGUGUUAUGAUUUGA